AUACUGCGAUUAUACUGCUUCAGGCAGAAGUCUGACUAGUGUUGAGGAAUUCAUAUCCUCCACCGUCUGUCCUACAUACGCGAACACUCACUCCAUGGCUUCGGCAACUGCUCGUCAAACGAUGCGUUACCGCGAAGACGCAAGGGAGGAGAUUCGUAAAUAUUUCAAUUGUACUGCCGAAGACUCCGUCAUCUUCUGUGGUGCUGGAGCUACGGCAGCUAUCGACAGGUUCAUUGGAAUCAUGUGCCGCA